AGGGGCCAUUUGCAAUUUUCCCUAUUUUAGUUUACUGUUUUUCUUUCCAGAACCCAACCUCUCUCCCGUCGUAAAGGACAAAAAAAAACCCUCCCACCACCGGUUCGCCACCGCCUGCGGCAGAUCCACCUCCCUUGUCGCCGUGAAGUUUCCUGCCUGUGGUGUUUGGUUGUCUUCGAUCUCAAACUCUUGAUUAUACCUUCUGCUCUAUUAUUGUGUGGCACCUGGAACCUCUAAAUCCUGAAGCCUCUCUUUGGCCGACUUCGGUGAACUACUCGACCGUCUCUUUCUCAAAGUAAAAUCUGAGUUAUGGAGAAUUCAAAUACUCCAGCAUCUGAUUCAAACGCUGCCAAAGCUGAAGCUGAACAGCUGCCAACAGCUCCCGUAUGCAAUUUUUUCAAAAAACCAUCCAAGGGAAAAAAUAUCAGAAAGCGUCCUACGGUUGAAGAGGGAGAGAAUGAAGAUGCAGAAGGAGAUAGUUCAGUCAUAUAUACCAAGAAAAAGCCAGCGGUUGCGAAUAAUAAGCUGCAUUUCUCAACUGGACCUUCAAAGUCCAACAAGGAUACUGAAUCCAAUGUGGAUUCAAAAGCAGCUCGUUUUCAUUUCGAGUCCUCAAAGGAAAUUCAAGUUCAAAAUGAUAGUAGAGCAACAGCCACUUUAGAAACUGAGACUGAGUUCUCUAGAGAUGCCCGGGCCAUUCGAGAAAGAGCUCUGAAGCAGGCAGAGGAGGCUUUAAAGGGAAAAAGCAAGACAGGUGGUGAUGAGAAAUUGUAUAAAGGUAUGAAUCAAUAUACUGAUUACAAAGCUGGUUUGAGAAGAGAACAUACAAUUUCUAGUGAGAAAGCUGGUGGAGCGCAUGGUCCUCUCAGGGCUUCUGCUCACAUCAGAGUUUCAGCAAGGUUCGACUAUCAACCAGAUAUCUGCAAGGACUAUAAAGAGACUGGAUAUUGUGGAUAUGGGGACUCCUGCAAAUUUAUGCAUGACCGUGGAGAUUAUAAGUCUGGGUGGCAGAUGGAAAGGGAGUGGGAUGAAGCUGAGAAAGAGAGGAAAAGAAAAUUGGCUUUGGGGAUGCUCAAUGAAGACGAUGAGGAUGCAGAGAAGAGUGAUGAAGAUGAUGAUGACGAUGCAUUACCAUUUGCUUGUUUUAUCUGCAGAGAGCCUUUUGUGGAUCCUGUUAUGACCAAAUGCAAACACUACUUCUGUGAGCACUGUGCAUUAAAGCACCAUGCAAAGAAUAAGAAGUGCUAUGUAUGCAACCAGCCAACCCUUGGGAUAUUCAAUACAGCAUUUGAAAUACGCAAGAGAAUGGCGGCUCAAGGGAAAUGAUGGAUUUUCUGCCAGUUCUCUCUUUCACGAUGCCAUACUAGUGGAUCUUGCUUUACUGCUGUAUGAUGAUUCAAGUAACCGGUUGUGAUUGAUGUAUGAUAAGGAAGUUUAGAACAAUACCAACGCUGGUGGAAGAUGAAGAAUAGGACAUUGACUUGAACGUCCAAUAUCACCAUCUCUCCUUUGAUGUGAAGAGUUGAUAUCUUAUCUUAUAUAAGUACGACAACUUAUAUGGAAUUAGAGUAUGUGUUUUUCCUUUUUUCAUUGCCUUAGUCAUGUAUUUUGGAAUUUUAAGCCUACAUGAUAGAUAUAAUGAAUCACUUCAGUUGCUGGUCUAUCUGUCUCAGCUAGAUAUCAUAUCUUUUGGCUGGUUUGAAUUAUUAUGAGGGGACUAAAAUUGUAAACUUGAUGGUUAAAUCAACC